AAGAGAAAAAUACCCAAAACACAAAAACUGAAAGCUUCCUGGCCCUUUAAAAAUGGCGGUUCCGCACUGGCCAACAAUACCAUUGGUUACCCGAGGCAGAAGAGGGCGGGAGCGAAGGGGUGGAGGGCGUGGCGGCACCGAGAGGGUCCCGCCUCCUACGGCAAGUCGGAGGUAGCAAGAUGGCGGCCGCUGAGGAAGAUUAUGGUGUCGGGGCCGAAGCGGACAGGGAAUUGGAGGAGCUUCUGGAAAGAUUCCCUCUUCGCUUCCCAAGAGAAGUUUUUCCAGGAACUAUUCGACAGUGAACUGGCUUCCCAAGCCACUGCGGAGUUCGAGAAGGCAAUGAAGGAGUUGGCUGAGGAAGAGCCCCACCUGGUGGAGCAGUUCCAAAAGCUCUCGGAAGCUGCAGGGAGAGUGGGCAGUGAUAUGACCUCCCAACAAGAAUUCACUUCUUGCCUAAAGGAAACACUAAGUGGAUUAGCCAAAAAUGCCACUGACCUUCAGAACUCCGGCAUGUCAGAAGAAGAGCUGACCAAGGCCAUGGAGGGGCUAGGCAUGGACGAAGGGGAUGGGGAGGGGAACAUCCUCCCCAUCAUGCAGAGUAUUAUGCAGAACCUACUCUCCAAGGAUGUGCUGUACCCAUCACUGAAGGAGAUCACAGAAAAGUAUCCAGAAUGGUUGCAGAGUCAUCGGGAAUCUCUACCUCCAGAGCAGUUUGAAAAAUAUCAGGAGCAGCACAGCGUCAUGUGCAAAAUAUGUGAGCAGUUCGAGGCAGAGACCCCCACAGACAGUGAAACCACUCAAAAGGCUCGUUUUGAGAUGGUGCUGGAUCUUAUGCAGCAGCUACAGGAUUUGGGCCAUCCUCCAAAGGAGCUGGCUGGAGAGAUGCCUCCUGGCCUCAACUUUGACCUGGAUGCCCUCAAUCUUUCGGGCCCACCAGGUGCCAGUGGCGAACAGUGUCUGAUCAUGUGAAACACAACACGUUUUCCUCUCUGAGUCCCAGCUAUGGGGAACAUCUGGAGUCAGCAGAACCAUUGGGACCUGAGGCAGGAGUGUCACCUGCGGGAGAAGUCUGCCCGCUGCCCUCUCAUCCCAUUCAAGAUUGUGCCAUACCAGCUGAGGUUUUUCCUCUGUCUCUCUAAGAAUAGGGUCUGUUUCACAGGCCGUUUCUGUGAACCCUACUUCAUUGUGGUUUCUGCCACUAUCAAAGUUCCAGCUACCUGCCAGGUGAAGGAAGGCAUCCCUUUUGGGGCAUGCCCUUUCUUUCCUUUCUCAAAAUAAUGUUAUAUGUGGCCACACUGAUGUUCACCUUUAUGCCCAGGGUCUUUGUGCCUUGUCUCUACUCCCUCUCUUGGAUCUGGGGAGGAGGGGCAGAGUCCAGGGACUCUGUAUUUCUAUAGUUCUCCUGGCAGAGCCUUUGAGAAUGGGGAGAAACAGCCUGGGCUGGGGCUACAGGUCUGUCACUAUGCUCUCUUGCCUUCAGACAGACCAUUCUGAAUUCUCUAAAGGGAAAGGGCUUUUGCAUCUAAUCACAAUAGAGUUGAAAGAGAGGCCUUAGGAUUCUCCUCUCUCUAGGUGCUUAGCCCUCACCUCCCUGUUCCAGCCUGAGAACUCAAAUGGUUACCCUGCUUCUUCCUACAAUGCUAUGUGAUAUGGGUGAACCCAGCCCCUGACCUUCCUCUAUCCCCUGCCGGUCCUCUCUCUUACCUCCUCUCUUUUUGAAACACCUGUUUAUCCCAACCUUUUUGAGCUCAAGCUGUGAUAAAGAAGGGCCCAUCCUAUUUCCCCUCAUCUAGUCCAUCUACCAUUCUCACUGACUCCCCGUCUUCCUGGCAGACACAAAUAAACCCAGUGUCAGGUCUAGGAAAUUAAUGGCUAUUCUUCCCCAGAUACAUUCUGGCUUAUUUGAGAUACAUGAUUCUCUUAGAAUCCUGUCCCUUGGUUCAGGAAAGUAGCUUGGAAAAGGAGUAGGGGUAUAGCUUGGGUUCCUUUUCCUGCAAGGCCCCAUGGGGCAGAAUAUAAUAAAUAUUCUGAGUGAGGA